CCAUAAUAGAACAAUCGCAUAUAUUGUUCUCGGAGGUAACAAAGUAUUUUCCAACGUUCUAAUGAGGGAGACAUUGUAUCUUGCCAAUAUUAUCAACACCAAAAUGAUAGUUUAUAUGGUGCUUGGCUAGUAAGGUGCAUUGGUGUUCUAAUUCAUCAACAUAUGGUAAUUCAGUACCUAAUGUUUCACUUCUUUCUUGAUUUCUAAAUGGAUCUUUGGUCACUUCUAGUGAUCUUAGGAUCCUAAUGUUAUUUCAUGAACACAAUUCGUUCAUGCAAAAUUACUUUCCCACUUUUUCAACAUUACCUUCCUUGCCCAUAAAAAGGAUCUUAAAUCCUUCAAUUUAACUUAUGUCUCUAAGCAAUCAACUGAUUUAGGAAGCUCUUCGGGAGAUCUAAUAAUAGUCAUAUCAUCAACAUAAUAUGAGAUCCUCACAAAAAAAAAAACUUAACUAACACAAAUUGAUGCAAGCCAUUCUUUCAUAUAACGAAAGAUAAUAACAAAACUCACAUCAUAGAAGCAUAUGAACUAGACAAAGCACACUCAUAAAAUACAACUCAUACUUUAAAGUAAAUCACAACUCAUAUCAAGAAUUUAAAAUCCUUGAAACACAUACAGACAACACAACUAUAUAUGCAUAAUGCAAAUACUCGUAUGCACUCUAUCUGAAUUUAACAUUUUAAGGUCCAUUCAACCUACUAUUGUAGGUGUUCACUUAGACGAGUAUUUCAUAUUCGUCUAUAUUGUCUCAACCCACACAAGGGAUUUUCUUAGCUAUCUAUAUAUGUUCUCGAGAACUUUACUUGUUUACUUCAGGUAAAUUAAUCCUUCUAGGAGUAAUUAAUCCUUCUGGGAGUUUCAAAUAUAUAUAACAUCUUCAGGGAAUUCAAACAAAUAGGCUAGCACAACAAUUUUCAAACAUUGAUUUGAAAAAGUAGUUGCAUCCACCACAAGGGAGUAUAAGUAUAACUCCUCUUAAACAAUGAUAGGUCUCUUUGAGAAACCCAUUGCAAAACAUUAUGUGAUAUCUCUCACAAUUUCAUAACUUCCAAUAGCACAAAAAUUUGUUUGUAUCCCGCUAGUUUUGCCCUUUUUAGGUGCAAUGACUUCUGGUCCUUAAACUUUAUGCUCCUUGAGCAAGUUUCAUGAUUUCUUUCUAUAUUGGCCAAUAACAUCAUCAUUUGCAUGCAGCAAUAGAGUUUUACUCUUGAUCCUCACUUCUACAUAUCAUAUUCAGUACUGAAGUACAACAAACAAAUUUCAUCGACAAUGAUUUCAUUACGGUUCCGGUAUUGUAGUCUAAUAUGGUUUUGAGAUCUCUUCACUUUCACAACUUUCAGAGACAUGUGUUCUUCUGGAACUAAAAUUAUAAUUUAUUCUUGGUUACUUUACUUGAGUUUUCAUGUCCUCGAGUUGACCAUUCUAAUUACAGCUCCAUUUCUUUCUCGAGGAUGUUUAUCAUUGGAACCGAUUGGUCUAUCACGCUUCAUGCGCUCUUUCAUACACAUUUUUUAUUAUAUUAGAGUAUCCAACAAGGAUAUCAAAUUUAGUUGGAGCAUUCACAGCUAGUAUAUGUGAAUUGGUCACUUUGUAUGGCCAGUAAAGGCAUUUGAUAGUUGGUAACGAUAAUUCAUCUUAUGAACGUCAGGUUCAUGUUUCUUACUUUGAGGAUCAAAACUAGAUAAUGAUAACUCAUUCCAACUCAUCUCUUUGUCUAACUGUUUUUUUUUUCUCUCCCCCUUAAUGUUGGAAAAGUGAUUCAUCAAAACAAUAAUUUCGCAAACAAAUUUCCCAUUUGGGAUUCAUACCCAACACAAAUUCUCAAUUUCCAACGAGAAUCAACUUAAGAUACUGUGGUGUAGCAAUUGGGAUGUAUGUGGCACACCCUGAUAUUCUCAUAUGAGAAAUGUUAGGUUUUUUACCAAAAUCAUUUGUAAAAGGGGGGAACUUAUGAUAACUUGUUGGUUAAAUGUGAACCAAUACUAUCACUUGCCAGCUAGCAUGUCCUCGACAUGAGACCAGAAGGCUCAGUUUGUUCUCUUAAGCAAAGUGAUGUUUGAUUGGAUAACCAUCAAAAUGUAUCCAUAGUGAGGAAAUCAAUCUCGCAAACAUCGGGUUGCGAUUAGAUAAAAUAAAAGUGAUCAUCCAUUUGAUGCAGCAACCCAUAAAAUUCAGAAAUGAUCCACAUGACUGAUGUAUUGUUCUGCAUACACGUCCAUAAAAUCUCAAGAGAUUUGCCAACUCUUAUACAAGCGAUGAUAAAUUGUUCUAUUCUCCUUGAGAACAAAUAUGACAUAAUAACUCUUUUAGUUGAAGAGUUCUUUGACUUCUCAUAUGAUGUUCUCAUGAAUUCUCAAAGAACCUUUUUUCACAUCAAGAUCUGGGAUAGUCUAACCGGACCAACCAAUUAUCAAGUUAUCAAAUCUUUUAAACUUCUGGUUUACACUUUUAUGUGUACUGAUUGUACUCAUAUACAUGUAGUAAAUAUUUGUGAUGCAAAUAUUAGUUUCACUAUUUUCUUGAUAAGAUAUUCAUUUUACGAAUAUCAUUUUAAUUGGGUAAUGCAUCAUCACUAGGCAGUUUGGUUUCUUCAGGCCACAAAAUUAGCUCCUUUAAAGCUUUACUAUAUUUUGUACCAUAUUCCACCCUUCCGAGGACUUAUAAUUUGAUGCAUUCUUAGUAAACACAAAUUCACAGUGAAUAUCAUCACAAAUUGUUAUCACGAGUACAUAAUUUAGUUACUUCAAGUAACCAAACAUAAGCUCUUCGGAAGCUUUUUCUUAUUUAUGCACUCUACCAUAUAGUUUAUAUGAAAAUUUUCUAAUACUCAUACUUUAUAAAAACAUAAUAAAAUUAAUAAAUGAGAAUAUUUCAAACUUAAGACAAAAAUGAUGAAUUUAUCAAGUUAAUUUUUCUAGAUAAAGGUUAUGAAAUUAAAUUAUGCAUGAAAAAUAACGUCACAAUAAAACAUAAAAGAAAUAAGAAUCAUAAUACUACAAUUGUGAAAAUGAAAUAAGAUUUAUUUGGAACAAUACCAUCACUAGCUAGGUGAUUUUAAAUUUAUAUAUGCGUUUCAAUAUACAUUAUAAUGUACAACAGGUACAUUAUGUUAUCAUGACUUUGAUAAUGCAAUUGUGGUGUCAUCCUUAUUUAUAGUUCUCCUUUUACUCCUCUUUUCUCAUUUCUAGUGAAAAGAUCCAAACAAUACAUUUAACAUAUAUAUAAUUAUGUUUAUAGCUCCAUUCAAUUCAGAGAAUAGAUUAUUUCAUUUACUUCUGGAAAUGAAAAUUUCUCAAGUGAUAUCAUUUUCAUCUUUAAUGGAGAAUAUACCAACUUAUAAUACAAAAAAUAUGUUCCAUAAUAUUGAUAUUGCAGGAGCGUAUAUGAAUUAGCUUUUCCCUUUGAUUCUUGGUAGAAUAAGGUCUUUUGCUCACAAAGGGUACGAGACAAAUGCAAUUUUCCAUUACAAUGGUAACAUACAAAACCAAUCUUCUUGUUACCAUGUCCACUUCUUUCUUUGCCCAUGGAUUCUUAAAUUUUUACUUCUGGGGAAUAUAUGGGCGCUUGAAACUUGCAUUUUCUACAUAUCAAUGUAUGAUUGAUAAGAAUAGGAUAACACGGAGAACUGAGAAAUUAACUCAUCACUUAUAUUACUUUUCUUGUUAAUCCAAAUAGAUCGACGUGAUAAAAUAUCAAUGGAUAUGAGAAGUAGCACCCAUCUUGAUAUAUUGGAAUGAGAUAAUCUCAACACAAAUAAGACAAUAAGAUAAGAAAGGAUCUAAGAUUUACAUACCUUGAUCAUAUUGUGAUCUUACUCCAAUAUCUUAGAUUAUGUCGAGAGUCUUUGAGGCUUGAGCAAUGAUAAUUUUGGCAGAGCUUCGUGCUGAUAACGUGUUAUGAACUAAUGAAAAUAUAAACAACUACAAGAGAAGAUUAGAGAGGGAAAGACACAAGAGAAGAGAGGGGAAGAGUUCUUCUUAUUCAUUCUUCACUUUUGAUAUAAUGGUGUGCUAUAUUUAUAGGCACACUUUGGUAACCACUACAUCCUUAUAUCAAUGCAUAAGAAUGGGAGAUAAUGAUAUAGAAAUAGGGGUUACAUGUAACUCCCAAGUGGGCAUCUAAUGUGGUAAGUCAUUGGUCAUCCAUAUAUCAAUAUUAAAAUAAUAUUGGUUUAAAAGUUUGCUAAUUGUACUAAAAUAGGACAAAGGUAAAUGGAUUUUGAAAACUCUUCUGUGGAAGGAUCACUCGGGUGUCGCUUCCCCUAACUACUACCAUGUUAUGCGAAUUGAACGAUUGUUUUGGGCUAGGUAAUCGCGAACCGCAGAGGGGUGCAUACAUGGUCGGGGACCACAAUCUCAAUUGCUAAACCGAGGUGAAUAUUAAAGGUCGUGUCACUCGACCCUCUCGGUUUAGGCAAUCGGUAAUUGACUUACUCCCUCACUCAACUCAAAGGUCGGACGACUUAAUCAUGAUUAACUUAUUUGCUUAACUCAACACUCACGGUUGCCCUAAAUUAACCUAGUUAGGUUGUUUAAGAGCUGAAGGAAAACCAACUCAAUUGAGACUCCCUUGGAAGGGGGAUUUUCCUCUCUAAGCUAGGUUAAGGUGGCUGAUUAGAUUGCUAGCACCAACAUGCACAAAACUAAGGGUGCUAAGCACAAUUAUGCAUAAUCCUUAGGUUGCUAAGCACCAAAAUGCAGAAACCUAAGGAUGCUAAGCACAAAACAUGCACAACUCAUAGGUUUUUAAGCACAAGCAUUCACAAUCAAUCAUGAAAAAUAUCUCAAUCAUUGCAUUAAACGAUACCCAAUGAAAAUCAUUCAAUUACAUAAAAAAACUACAUGGUAGAGUUAGGGUUUCACAACACCCAAGUGAAAGGAGAUCUACUCCAUGCUAGAAAUGGGAAAAACACAAAGAGAAGAAGAGGAAACCAUCUUGGAGGAUGCUCCUAAUCUCCUUGGCCUUGGUGUUGAGCUUUCCUUAGAGGAAAUCUUCCCAAAAUCCACCUUGAAGCAAAACCCUAGCCUUCUUCUUCCUUGGUUCGUGUUUCUCUCUCUAGACAUCUGAAGAAGGCUUUUCACACAAAGUGGGCUCUCCCCUCUCUCCUCCUUUCAGCUCAUCAUUUAAACCAGAGGCGAGCUCAGUUCAUGGCCGCGAACCACGAAACGCGUCCGUGAACUGCAGGCAUGCGCCAAAACGCACCGCUUCGAUCUCUUCUGUUCACACUCAACAACCUUAGUUCACGGGCUUAGUGACCAUGAACUCACCUUGCGUUAGUAACCUUCGUAUUGGCCGUGGGCACCUCGCGAUUCACGGUGAAGGGCUCUUCUUCACGGUCAUGCAAGACCGUGAACUUCCUUAGAUAGCCAUGAAGUGACCCUUUUUCACCUCUUCUCUCGGUUUUCAAUCCUUUUCGUCCAACUUUCGAUUCUGAGGCUAGUUUCACAUGAUAAAACCUGAAACACACUAAAACACGAGGAACCUAACGUAAAGCUAACCUUUUAGGAGUGUAAUUGGCAGAAACACCUAAGUAAAACAGGGGCAAACCUGGAAAAUUUUGCCUGAAUCAAGUUCUCCAGAUCCUCUCAAUCUAAAUACCCGACGGGCGAAUGACCUCCGCCAGAGUAAACAAAUUAAGGCCCUAACGUGCAAAACCUCCUCUACUGGAGUAAAUCUAGUACAGAGCAGAGAAUUGACUCCUCGACUAAAGUAGUCAAUUCUCCACCUUCAAUUAAGGGUGCUCUAUCAACCUAUGAAGAUAUUCUCUUUCUAGGUCAAAGCAAAAACUACCGGAAUUUGAUCAGGAUUCAAGCAGUUCAGAAAUCAUGCCUCAAUUGAAUAUAAUCAAUGUCAAAAGAUCAUGUACUUGGGUUCAUACAACCGAACCUAACAUACAAAUCUAGGGUUCUUUAUACUCAGGUGAGAGAGAGAGAGAGAGAGAGUUUACUUCAUAGAAAGAGAAGAGAAAUCAGCUUCAGAUGCAGAAAUCAUUCUGUCGAGGAUGAAAAUCAGCUUCCGGUUGUCAAUCGGCACGUCUCCAAGUUUCAAUCGAGCUCCAAUGGCGUCAAAACUCGAUCAAGGUCACUUAGGAGGUUUAGUUCGUCGCUUUCUCUCUCUAGGUUUCACUUUAUUUCUCUAAAGCUUGAAUAAUUGAACGAACAACCCAGAAUUGCCUUGAAAAAUCUCUCCUUCCCGAAACUCGGUCCAAUUACCCGGUCGGAUUUUAAGCAAACCGACUGGGUAAUAUCAAAAUGGUGCACAGUCUGAUUGGGUAAAAUCCGGUCUCCAUCUGAAAUUACCAGGUUGGGGAACUAGGGGUCCAGACCGGGUAAAAUCCCUAGAGCGAUUCCCCAGCCUCUAAACCAUUUCCCCAGCAGGGUUUUUGAUAACCAUACUAGGGAUUUUGGUCAUUCCACUCCUUCCAUUUCCUUGGUGUUUUUUACCCAAAACUCGCCUCCAAGCUUUCCUUUCCGCUCCAGGUCCUGAAACAUGACAUAAAAGCACAACCUAGCGUGAAAUUGGCUUAGUGGGAAAUAACAUGUACAAAUAAUGGUUUAUCAAAGUCGAGAAUCAAAGUGUUUCAUAUGAAUGAAGAUGGCAUUUGGGGAGUACGGGGACUUCAAUUUCCAACCACAAACACGUUAGACAAGGAGGGUACCGUGUUCCGUCUUCCAGAAGCUACGGUGGUAAGAGGAAUAGUCAAUGAGGAAGAACAAGUGGAAAUCAUGUAUGAGGGAGGAGAUUCACCUCCAUCCACUUCUCAUCCAGUUCCGCCACCAUUCAAUAAUGCAAAGGAUUACCUAGUCGAAGCGAUGAUAGCAGCGAUCCUUCACAAUCAAAGAAGAGAGAAUGAAGCGGGACUCCACAUCGUGGCGUGUAUCCAUGCUAUAAUGAAGAAGAUGGAUAUUCUGAUUGAAGAUGUAUCGCCCCAACUUGCUCUAUCCCCUCCCAUUGCACCAUUCCAAGAUGAAGAAGAAGGACCCUCCGAGGAGGAUUGAGUACUAGGAAUACAUGGCCUAAGUUCUAUCUUUUCUUUUUCUGUGCUCUUCUAAGACAAUGUUUAAUUAUUGCUUUAUUUUUGUACUUUAAAUAUUCUCAUACUAGUAGUAAUCGUAUUUAUAUUAUAUAUCUAUCUACCUAUUACUCUUAAUCGUCUUCCACUCUUUCUUAUGCGCUUUAUCGUUGUGAAAACCACCAGGAAGACAAAGACCUACACUUGUGUAUCUUCACCAACCCAUAACCCUACCUAUAGUAACCUUCACGAUCUUCUCUUUUGGAUCUCCCACAUUGAGGACAAUGUGUUGCUCAAGUGUGUGUGUGUGUGUUAGGGGGGGGGGGGGGUGAUGUGUGUGAAUGCUUGAAUGAUUAUCAUGAUUGAUUGAACCAUGAAUUGCUAGUAUCCUCCCGAUAACACUUAAAUUGGUGUUAUUUACUCUUCAUAUUGAGGUUUGUUUCGUCCCAAUUCACGUGCAUAAAUGCUUAAACAUCGUCAAUUGCAUCCCUAUUCCGUUCCUAUUUGAAUUUGAUGUGAUUUUAGGGUGUGUUAGACGAUAUAUGCGAAUUAGAUACAAAACAAGGUCACAAGUGUAGCGAGGGGGCAGAAGACUUAAGAUCGUGGCCUAGAAGUAAAGAUCAUGGCCGAGAUCCUGAACCACGAAGACAAGCCGAAGAUUGUGGCCUGGAAGCCCAAGAUCGCGGCCGCGAAUUGGAGGGCUCAUGGCGUGAACUUCGCAAAGGAGGAGCCGAGGAGAAACACAGAGUUUCCCCAGUCGAAUCACGGCCACACUAUUUUGACCGCGACUCACGGAUCGUGACCACAAAGUCAGGCCUUGAUCUCUUCCCUUCUGACCGCGAACUUGUCCGUCUUCUGAUUGCCUAGAAUUAGGAGACCCCUUUCCCCCUUUUAGAAGAGCUAGUUUUGAGAGAAGAAUUUCUGGUUUUAGAGAGAGAGAAGCUGAACGAAGGAGACAAAGCUAGAAUAGAGGAGGCAUCUUCCUCAACCUCAAGUCUUCUUCAAUUUCUUUUAUGUAUCUUUUUCCCUCCUUUAUUGAGUAGUCCUUAAGGUAUUAGGGGUUCUAAACCCCAAACACUAGUUUUAGGGUUUACUAUGUAUGUAUGCAUAUUUUAGGGUUUGAAUGAAUGAAUGUGUUUAUCUAGUUGAUUCUAUUGUUAUUCUAUCUUAGAUUGUGUUUGGGUUAGUUGCCCUAAUCUUCUCUAUUGGCCUACUUUAUGCUUCUACGGUGGGUAUGGAGUUCUAGGGUUAGACGGGUAUACACCAUCAAGCAAACCGAGGUAGAUGUAUGAAUAGGGACCUAUGGUGGUCGAGGAGACCGAACCCUUGCUAUAGGUAGCCUUCCCCAAAGUACCUAUUUUUUAAUCUUUAUUCAAUCUCUAAACUAGUAGUUCCCUCAAAUCCUCCACUCAAACCUCCAAAAUCGAUUAACUAAUUAACAACAAGGUGGGAAAUAAGCUAGGGUACUAGGA